CUAUUUAUUCCCAUUUAAACCCUCCCUUUUCUUCAUUUUUCUCAAAACCAAUUCCAUUUCCUCCAAUUCUCAAUGCCUUUAAUGACGAACAUAAUCCUUCAAUUGAGUCUUUUUUUUAUGGUCGUCUCCUCUGUUAAUGCCGACUACGGAGGUUGGAUUAACGCCCAUGCCACUUUCUAUGGUGGAAGUGAUGCGUCUGGAACAAUGGGGGGAGCUUGUGGGUAUGGAAAUUUGUACAGCCAAGGCUAUGGGACUAAUACUGCCGCGCUGAGCACGGCGCUGUUUGACAAUGGCUUGAGCUGUGGCGCUUGCUUUGAGCUACGCUGUGUUAACGAUCCUCAAUGGUGUCUUCCUGGCACCAUUGUUGUUACUGCCACUAAUUUCUGCCCUCCUGGUGGCUGGUGUGACCCUCCCAACCAUCAUUUUGACCUCUCUCAGCCUAUUUUCCAACACAUUGCUCAAUAUCGCGCCGGGAUUGUCCCCGUUGCUUAUCGGAGAGUAAGAUGUAGAAGAAGUGGGGGAAUAAGAUUCACAAUAAAUGGGCAUUCAUAUUUCAACUUGGUGUUAGUGACAAACGUGGGCGGCGCCGGCGAUGUGCAUGCGGUGGCGAUUAAAGGUUCAAAAACCAGAUGGCAACCCAUGUCUAGAAAUUGGGGCCAAAAUUGGCAAUCCAACUCUUAUCUUAACGGACAGAGUCUCUCGUUUUUGGUCACAGCCAGCGACGGCCGGCAAGUUCUUUCCUAUAACGUGGCUCCCUCCGGUUGGUCCUUUGGACAAACUUAUGUCGGCGGACAAUUUCGUUAUUAAAUAAUUCAACCCUUUUUACUUAUACAUAUCCUACCUUUUUCUACUUUUUUUUUAAAAAAAAGGAAAAAGAAAGAAACAACAAUAUUCCCAUCCCCCAAAUGCCAAAAAGGGUUUUUAUGGUUUAAAAUGUUUCCCUUUUUGCUUUUGGAACUUGUUUGGCUGCUGAAUAUAAUAUAAAAGAAUAUAUAUUUAUAUAUAUAUUAUGUAUAAUUUAAAAAUAUAUAAUAGAGAGUAGAAAAAAGAGAAAUUGCAUAAAGUUAGGAAGGGGCAAAAAGGGGAUUUUGGGUAAUGGGUUUGUGUUGGGGGGAUGUAGAAGCAUGUGGGUUUUGGUUUAAGUAUGCAAGAUUUCAAACAAUGGAUUGUGGUGUUGUUUCUAAAUGAAUGAAAGAGAUAUUUUCCUGUUUCUUCU